AUGACCUUCGAUUCGCAGGGGCGCGUGGUGAUAUGCGAGAUGGUGAAACCGGCGUCUGACGCGGAUGGAGGAGGACGGUCGUACACGGUCAUCGCGGACAGCUCGGAGGGGAAGCGGCCUGAACCGCUCCGAACGAUGUGGUGCUCAAGUCGGACGGCAGCCUGUUCUUCACGAACCCCGGGGCGCGACCGACUUGAGCCUGCCGAUGUGGACUUGCAGUUCAACAGCGUGCAUCGCAUCAGGCCGAACGGCGAGGUGGAGCUGGUGGUGCCGUUCGAGUACCCGAACGGGAUCGCGUUCUCGCCGUAUGAGAGCGUGCUUUAUGUGGCGAAUACGCGGCCGGGGCAGUACAUCAUGGCAUACGAGCUGAAUGCGGACGGCGAUGUGGUGGGCAUGCGGCACUUCGCGGAUAUGCCGUCGGAGCAUGCGAACAAUGGCGUACCGGACGGGAUGAAGGUGGAUGUGGAGGGGCGCGUGUAUUGCACGGGUCCCGGCGGGUGCUGGGUGUUUGAAUCGAGCGGCGAGUUGAUAGGCGUGAUAGAGCUGCCGGAGUAUCCGGCGAACUGCGGCUGGGGCGGCGAGGAAAACCGCACGAUGUACUUCACAUCGAACACUUCGAUAUACAGCCUGCAGAUGACGACGCCGGGGACGAGGAUACCGGUAGUAGUAUAG